AUGGAUCUAUCUCCGGAGAUAUUUCAGAAACAACUACAAGGGAUGACAAUAUUCGAAGAUGAUAUUAUAGUAACAGGUAAUAACUCAAGUUAUAUCCUCAAAAUUAAAAAGUAUCUACAGGAGCAGUUUGAUAUUAAAGACCUUGACACUCUCAAGUAUUUCCUUGGGAUAGAAAUUGCUCAUUCUAAGAAAGAUUUGUUUCUUUCUCAAAGAAAAUAUGUCUUGGACUUAUUAAAAGAAAUUGGUAAGCUUGCUACAAAACCCACAAAGACUCUCAUUGAAACAACUGUUAAAUUAAAUACUGAAGAAGGUACACCUCUUCAUUACAUAAAUAUGUAUCAAAGACUUGUAGGUAAACUUAUCUACUUAACAGUUACUCGUCCCGAUAUAACCUUUGAAGUUAGCAAUGUAAGUCAAUUCAUGCAUGCUCCAAGAACUUCACACCUUUCUGCUGUUUACAGGAUUCGACAUUAUCUUAAAGCUACUACUAGAGUAGGCAUAUGGAUGAAGCGAAAUAACCGCAUUGACGUCAUUGGUUAUACUGAUGCUGAUUGGGCAUACAUCUUUGAUAGAAAGUUCACUACCGGCUUUUGUACAUUCGUUAGAGGAAAUCUAGUGACGUGGAGAAGUAAGAAGCAAAAUACUGUUUCCCGUUCAAGCGCCGAAGCUGAAUAUCGUGCUAUGGCGGCUACUAUCGAAGAACUCAUUUGA